AUGAUGUUUUUGCUACUAUUGGUGGUGACAAUAGCUGCCACACAAAUACCAAGUGCAUACCCAUGGGACAAUCACGAUAUUUCUACCCUGAAGUUUUUGCAAGUGGUGCACCGGCACGGAGACCGGGCCAUCACCAAGAUCUACGACAAGGACCCGUACAAAGACCUCGCUCACUGGCCCGAAGGGCUCGGCGAACUGUCCGCUAAGGGUCGGUACAGGGCGUACAAACUGGGCCAAUACAUACGCCAUCACUACGACCAAUACUUGGACCACGACUACAACCCUCGCGAAGUGUACGCCCGAUCGUCGGCCAAAUCCCGAUGUCUGGACAGUGUGACCACGUUGUUGGCCGGACUGUACCCGCCCAACAACACCCUAUACCAGUGGGGAGACACGAACUCGACUGUGCCGUUAGGCCAGUCCUGGCAACCAAUACCCAUCUAUACCUAUCCGAAGGAGCGUAUGAACGAUGACUUACUGUUGCGUACGGACCGUAAGUGUGCGGUGGCCGACAAAAUUGUUACCCAGAUGUUAAAUACGCCUGAAGUGGUCAAAGCACUAGACGGGGUAAACGAGUUGUUGGUUAAACUGAAUGAGACUAUGGGCGCCAAAAUCAGGAGCUUAUUUGACGUGAAGGCAGUGUACGAUCACCUGUGGGUCGAGUCCCAGAGGGGUUACCACUGGUCGGCCAAAGGGGUGUGGAGUCGGGAGUUUGAGGUUGGGGUGUUUGCGGCCCUUAAACCCCUGGCAGAGCUCCUCUGGUUUCAGGAGUGGAACAGUAAAGUGGUUCAGCGCCUGAGAGCGGGUCCACUUGUUGGUGAGUUGACCGCCAAUUUCGAGCAUAAAGUGUCCGGGAAUAAGUCGGGAAUUUCCGAUAAUUCGGGAACAAAGCUCAAUGUCUAUUCUGCUAACGAUGCGGUGGUAUCGGUGCUAAUGCGGGCGCUGGACGUCUAUAACAACGCGAUCGUCCCCUUCAGCGCUACCCUCUUGUUUGAGUUGCACCAGAAAUUGGGCGUUACCGGUGCUGAGGGUCAUUUUGUGCGCUUGUAUUACUAUAAUGCGACAUUGCAAGAGGGUAAACAACCGUAUUUGUUUACAUUGCCCGGUUGCGAUGGUCAGGCCGACUGUCCCUUUGAUAGGUUUAAGCAAUUGACUAAACCUAUGAUACCUGACGACUGGGCCAAAGAGUUGCUAACAACAAUAGCCACAACACAACUACCUGGUGCAUACCUAUGGGACAAUGACAAUAUGGCCACGCUCAAACUACUACAAGUGGUGCACCGGCACGGAGACCGGGCCAUCACCAAGAUCUACGCCAACGACCCGUACAAAGACACGGCUAACUGGCCGGAAGGCAUCGCCGAACUCUCGGCUAAGGGUCGGUACCGGUGCUACAAAGUCGGCCAAUACCUGCGCCAACACUACUCGGCAUACCUGAGCCAAACAUACAGUCCGCGCGAAGUGUACGCCCGAUCGUCGGCCAAAUCCCGAUGUUUGGACAGUGUUAGCACAUUGUUGGCCGGUCUGUACCCGCCCGACAACCCCUCACACCAGUGGGACGUGGACUCGACGGCACCGUUGGGUCAACGCUGGCAACCGAUACCAAUCUAUACCUAUCCGCGCGAGCGUAUGAACGACGACCGACUGCUCCGUACGGACGAGCCGUGUCCGGCGGCUGACCGGGCGAUCACCGACUUAUUCAACGAAGCGUCAGUCGCCGAGGCUAUGAACGCGGCCCGCGAUGUGAUGGACAAACUCCGGCAGUCAAUGCCGGCCACUAUUGGCAACCUAUUGGACGCCAAGAAUGUUUACGAUCACCUGUGGGUGGAGGCCGAGAGGGGCCGCCUGUGGUCGGCGAAGGGGGUGUGGAGUAGGGAAUGGGAGGACCAGAUGUUUGUAGCUAUGAAACCGUUGGCAAAGCUCCUGUGGUUUCAGGAGUGGAACAGUAGUGUUGUUCAGCGCCUGAAAGCCGGCCCACUGUGGGCGGAGUUGACGGGAAAUUUUCGCCGCAAAGUUGCCGGGAAUUUGGGCAUUGAUUCAGGGGUUAAAGUGUUUGUCUACUCGACCCACGAUGCGAUUGUGGCGGUGUUGAUGCAC